CUCACCCCAGGCUGCCCCCCCUACGAGCUGGGCCGCCCCCCCCGGCCGGUGUGGGGGGCGCGGGAGGAGUUCGCCCACCGGCCCCACAACUUCCUGCGGGGCUGCAAGUGGGCCCCCGACGGCUCCUGCGUCCUGACCUGCAGCGACGACAACACCCUGCGGAUCUUCGACCUCCCGCCCCCCCCGGGACCCCCCCCGGGGCUGCCCCUUCCUCAGCUGGUGCCGGCGCUGCGGGUGCCGGAGGGCGACACCAUCUACGACUUCACCUGGUUCCCCCUGAUGGACUCGAGUCAGCCCCCCACCUGCCUGGUGGCAGCCAGCAGCCGGGACAACCCUGUGCACCUGUGGGAUGCCUUCGACGGGACCCUGCGCGGCUCCUUCCGUGCCUACAGCCACCUGGAGGAGCCGGUGGCCCCCCACUCGCUGGCCUUCGCCCCCGACCGGCUCCCAGCUCCUGGGGGGGCUUCGACGGCGCCGUCCGCCUCUUCCCCACCCACCGCCCCGGGAGGCACUGCCAGGAGAGGCGGCUCCACCGGGUGGGGGCGCCCUGAGGGUGGUGGGGGCUGCAGGGGUUGGGUGGACAAGAAGCUGUGUGAGGGGGGGCAGGGCCAGCGGGGCCUGAUUGGCUGCCUGGCCUUCAGCCCCACCCAACCGGUGUUUGCCUGCGGCUCCUAUGGGCGGAGCCUGGGGCUGUACGCCCUAGAGGGGGGCGGGGCCUUGGCGCUCUGGCCCCACCUCCCUGCCGCCCCCACCCACCUCUGCUUCAGCCCUGAUGGCAACCACCUCUACGCAGGGGGGGCGCAAGGUGGGCGGGGGCCUAGGGCUGUGGGCGGGGGCCUAUGGGUGGAGGGGAUGCAGGGGUGGGGCCAUGACCACCACAUCCUGUGCUGGGACCUGCGGCGCCCGGAGCGCCCCCUGCUGGCGCUGGAGCGGCGGGUGGGCACCAACCAGCGCGUGACCUUCGACCUCGACCCACGGGGGCGGUUCCUGGUGAGCGGUGACACCGACGGUUUCGUCACCGUUUGGGACACGGACCCCCCGGGGGACGGGGGGACCCCCCCCCUGCUGCCCCCCCCACCUGCGCUUCCGCCGCCCUCCGCGACUGCGUCAAACGGUCCCCCGGGGUGUAGGUGGGGGUCAGCCGGACACCUGGGUGUUGUCAUGUCCCCCCCCCGCCCCAGCCUGCACCCCGGGCUCCCGCUGUUGGCCACCGCCUCGGGGCAGCGGUUGUUCCCGGCGCCGUGGGACAGUGACGAGGAGGGGACGGAUGAGGACGGGCCACCCCCGGGUGGGGACAAUCGCCUACAGCUCUGGUGGUGGGGGGCCUGACCCCCCCGGGGAUGACGGUUGGGACAGCGGGACCGUGGAUGCCGAUUGUCACCCCUCUGGGGACACAGGGGUCGUGUGUGGUGAUUGUCCCCCCCCUGGGGACAACGGGUGGGACACCCCCGGGGACACCGGAACCGUACAUGCCGACUGUCACCCUCUCGGGGACAGCGAGUGUCACCUCUCUGGCGACAAUGGCUGGCACACGCUUGGGGACACGGGAACUGCGUAUAACGACUGUGACCCCCCCGGGGACACCGGAACCGGCCUCUCCAUGUACACAGACUGUCACCCUCCUGGGGACACCGACUGUGACCCCCCCGGGGGACACCAGCAUCAACCGCCCCACAUAUGCCGAUUGUCACCCUCUUGGGGACGCCGACUGUGACCCCCCCCAGGGACACUGACUGUCACGUCCAUGGGGACACCAGAACCAGCCUGUCCAUGGGCGCCGAUUGUCCCCCCCGGGGAC